AUGGCGGUCGACUCCGAGUUGAGGCCCACGAGCGCGCCAGUCGCGCACAAGCUACAGCAGCUGAAUGGAGGCAUCAAAGUAGAUCCAGUCCAAAAUGGUGCGCACAAACCCGAUGUGGUAUCAUCGGCUGUAAGCGGUGGUUAUGCGGACAUUGACGGAAUCGCGGACAAGUUUCGUCAGCAUCUCACCAUUCCUAUUAUUGACAAAUCUACGGGAGACUCAUCGUGGACUGUUCUUAUUCCCGGAAGCUUCAUCACUGAAAAGGGUACUUCCGUCGACUCCAUCAACGACUGUGUCUCAGCGAAACCAGAUUGGCGUGCCGGUGACGUCGUCGUCGACGGCAUCACUGUGAGAGCCGUAGUCGGCUCGCGCGGCCUCCUGCUCUCCGCUCAGCAAUCCGAAAAGUCGCACCAAAGCACCUCGGUACAUCUCGACGAGAGCGGCUCUUCCGCCAACGUUUCUCUCAAGGUCCAGCCCGAUGGCACGCUCGAGGUGCACAAGACGUGCUCGCAUGAUGGCAUCGACGAGAACGGGCGACCCUGGUUGGAACGCCAGAACCGGUUCCUCGAGACGAGCGUCGCCGUUCGCGAGACGGACAUCUUUGUCCGGCCCCUCCGUUUUACCGCCAGUGACGAAACCUUUUCCAUCGACUUUCCCUACCUACCUAGCCAAACGCUAGCGCAGCUCGCCAUGGCUGGUAUGGGCGGCGACCUGCUGCUGGACACGACGAGUGCGCUAUUGGGUGAGAUGGCGCAAAAGGUCUGGCCGAAAACUGCAACAGAAGCACCCGCAGAUUUCAUCGAAAAGGCGCACUUUGAUCGCAUCGACAGGCGCGUCGCCAUUGCCCGCGCGGCCGUGCCGGAGCUCGGCGCCAUCGUUGACAGCUCCGAGGUCAUCCUCAACGGCCGCACGCUGCUCGGCUUCCACGCCGUCACGGAGCAGCUGCGUCAGCAUCCGGCCUUGCGUCGUAUCGCACCGACGCUUAUUGGCGAGAUUCACGGUGACCUUAACCUGCACAACAUCCUGUGCUGCGUCGGGCCGGCUGCGCGUCGGCCUGUGGCGCUGAUUGACCCACGCGGUGUCCACCUGCUCAGCGACUUUGCCCAUACUCGCGACUUUGAGCCCGGUGACUACGCCUACGAGCUUUCGAAGCUCAAAUUUUCACUCUCGGCCUUUUCUGAGAUCCGCCACGGCUACUUGACGCUGGAGGGCGCCGGUACCGAGUUUUGGAUCCGCUUCAGGCACCACGCCGGCUCAGAGACGAUGCGUCAGGCUGACGCAGGCUUCUUUGACGCGCUCGCGGCCAACGCCGCGUUCAUGAGCUGGGUCAAGGAGGUCGAGCCCGCUGGGUUCGACGCCCUCCGGAUGCGCGUGCUGCUCGGUGAGGCGGCAAACUUUGUCGCUGACGCGGCGUGCGCGCUCGGCCGGGACACAGUGCACGAGGUGGUGCCACUCUUCUUGAUUGGUCUCGACAAGCUCAACAGCGUGCUGGCCACGCUCAACGAUAAUAUACCGGAGCACAAGCUGGACGACUGGUUUGCGCGUAGCGGCGAGCAGGACACGACGGCGGGCAUCCAAGCCGUGCAGCAGUCGCUGCUCAAGAGUCGGACGGCGGCGCCGCUGUGGGAUGUGCUCGAGAUUUCGGUGCCGGCCGGCUUAGUACUGACUGCAAAAUGUCUGCUCGAAAAUUUACGGGGAAGGUGCUUCCCGCGGAGCACGGUCAUCUACCGCUCCUCCACACCGGGAUCCGAAAUUGCUUUCCCUUGUGUUCUACUCCACGAUCUCGAAGAAAAUCAAAGUGCGACCUGCGCAUUACUAUCUAAGGUGAAGCAGUCGAAUACUUUCUUUGAAGCUUCUGGCGUCUCGAAUAGCACAAGAGAUGCGCUGCGAAUCAUAUCUGUACAGGCGACCAGUGAUGUCUCUUCCUCAUUUGGGCGGCAGGGCAAUAAGCUCUUGGCACCGGGACCCUGGGGUGCCUCACCUCUCGAACUGAUUCUCUUGACGGCCCAACAGCUUCGUUUCGCCAAAGGUGGACGAUGGGUGCUGGAUGAUUCGUCCUUCUCCGUCUUUAGCAGAGGGCUGAAGGCGCCUUCGGGUGACGUCUGUGUGCUUAUCCGCUCGAUUGCCACGGACCAGAUCUUGUCACCGCUUGACAGGGUGUUUCAAGAUGUCGUGUACAAGAGCCGACCGGACGAGCCGAGAGCUGUGCUGUCCGGACCGGUGUUCCUCUCGACGGAAGUGGCCAUAGCCUUGGCCAGCGCAGUUGCGAAGGUUGUACAAGCUAGAGGAAGCUUGUUGUCGGACAUUCUAUUGGCGCCCAAGAUGGACAAGAGCACGUGGAUGAAGCUGUAUCGCGCCACCAGUCGGGCUGACGCGGAAGAGGCGUGGGACGCGGCGCAGAAACUGUCGGCCGCCGUUCCAGCCGGAGUUGAGCCUGAGUUUCUGUCAAGCGGGGAUGAUGAGUCGUCGGUCUAUAAAUUCGGCUCCCUGGAAGAGUAUAGGUCCCUGGUGGAGAGGGCAAAGAGCGAUCCUGACAUGAACAGCCUGGCGUUCCUGGCUGCUACGCUAGCUUGGCGGGAGCAGUGGACGAUUGGCGAAUAA